UGUUUAUGUUUUAUUUAUAAUGGAGGACGAAGUAGUAAGUUUUUCUCGUUGAAUUGCAGUUCGAGUACAGCAAUCGCUAAACGGUGAUUUUCAAACGAAAUAUUCAUCUUUUAGACAUACUAACCACCUCAUUGAGUAAGGAAGUAAAGGAAAGAAGACAAAUUAUUGCUUUCAAUAUUGGCCGCUGUAUAUUGAUUGAGUAUGUGUUGUUAGGGAUGUAGGAAGGCUAUGCUAUUUUUUGAUAUGUACGCCAAAGGAAAGGGAUCAACUGUGCCGUCAGAUGCUCAAGCUAGAGAAAAGUUGGCUUUAUAUGUAUAUGAAUAUCUACUCCAUGUUGGUGCACAGAAGGCAGCACAGACAUUUCUAUCAGAAAUAAGGUGGGAGAAAAAUAUAACUCUUGGUGAACCUCCUGGUUUUUUACACUCAUGGUGGUGUGUUUUUUGGGAUCUAUAUUGUGCAGCUCCUGAGAGAAGAGACACAUGUGAACAUUCAUCGGAAGCAAAGGCUUUCCAUGACUAUGGGUUUGUCAAUUCUGGGUUUGGAGUUAAUGGAAUGGCUCACAAUGCUGGCCCAGCACCUAGUCCUUUAGGGCAGAUGCCUCCUAGUGAUGGAAUGCCAGGAGGACCUUUACCACCUGGUUUUUUCCCCAAUGCUGGCAUGCGUCCAUCUCCACCAACACAUCCAGCAGGUCAACCAUCGCCCCAUUCCCAGCCCCCCACUCCUCAUUCACAAUUAAUGGGAUCACAACCAUUUAUGGGGCCUAGAUAUCCCGGAGGCCCUCGGCCAGGCGUCAGAAUGCCUAUGGGAAGUGAUUUCAACGGUCCAGGAGGACAGCCAAUGAUGCCAAAUAAUAUGGAUCCAACAAGACAAGGUCCCCCAGGUAUGAACCCCAUGAACAGAAUGAACCCUCCUCGUGGACCCUCAAUGGGCCCUAUGGGUCCUGGGGGUUAUGGACCAGGUAUGAGAGGUCCACCUCCAAACAGUAACAUGGGGGGAGGGCCAAUGCCUCCUAUGUCAAUGACAGGACCUGGAGGCCCACCUCAAUGGCAACCGAACACAUCAACCCCCAUGAAUUAUUCUACAUCAUCACCAGGUAAUUACGGAGGUCCUCCAGGAUCGGCUGGUCCGCCAGGCCCUGGCACUCCAAUUAUGCCCAGUCCUCAAGAUUCUUCAAAUUCCGGCGGUGAAAAUAUGUACACCAUGAUGAAACCAGCAGUGGGCAACAACAUGCCUGGAGAAUUUCCCAUGGGAGGAGGGCCAGAUUCGGGUCCCAUGGGACCAAUGGGCCCCAAUUCAAUGGGUCCAGUAAUGAACAGUGAUGGAAUGGAAGGCAUGAAGAAUUCACCUGCAAAUGGACCUGGCACACCAAGAGAAGAUGGAGGAGGAGGGAUGGGGGACUAUAACUUAGGAGGAUUUGGUGGUCCUGGUGAAAACGAUCAUAGAGAAUCGGCUGCUAUUUUAAAAAUUAAAGAAAGUAUGCAAGAGGAGGCUAAAAGGUUUGAGAAAGACUCUGAUCAUCCUGAGUACUUCAUGCAAUAAUUCUCCAUGACUGGUAUAUUCCUUUGUCCUUUUAUUUCUUUGUUGCUCAGUUAUCAUCAAAAUUACUGAUUGCACUCUGAAUUCGUGUAUACAAAAUCCUUUUUCUGUUUUUGUACUUAAAUCGUCAUUUAUUGUUUUUAAGAUGACAAGAUUUUAAAAUGAUUCAUUUCUAUCCUUCAAAAUAGUGGACUAUUUUAUUAUGUGUUUUUAAAAUAUUCAAAUCUUUUAAAUGAAAGUACCACAAAAGUACUUUUCCAAGAGUUUACACAUGUUGAUAAUACCUAAUAACAGUAUAAAUUAGAUGGCCUAUCUGUUGUUCAUGGUGUUUUUUAUUGAACUGAUUGAAUUGAAAAAAUAUCCCGGGUGCAUUUGUAACUCCAUUUCCGUAAUGUCUUUGUAAUGUUAAACUUACAUGUGUCUUCGGUAGGGCAGGUUAUAACUGGUGUAGGGUUAUAACUGUUGAGUAGUUUCAUUAUCCUGGUAGACUCUAUUUUCUAAUCUGCCCUAUCCUUGUGUAAUUCAUUUCUCUGAGUGUACAUGCAAUAGAUACCUAAGUAUAAAAGGAAUCAGUUUUAUUCCUUAUACCUUUGUCUUAUUUAUUUUAGGUUGAUCUGUUGAAGUGUAAAAAUAUGAAAUAUUUAUAAAGUUUUUUCACUCAAAACUAAAAAUCCAUUGAUUUGAAAUCAAGUAAAGUAGACUCACAUCACAUUUCUUUCUUGAGAUUUUACAGUUUUUCAACUGAAUAAAGAAGUUUCAUAAUCAAUAUUCUGUUUAUUUAUGGACUGCUGCUAUUUGAAUAUUUCACACUUUGAAUCUGGAAAUAUUGAAAUUGAAUAGAAGUGCGCAAUUCUUGAUUAAAAUGUAUAAAGUGUAAUGGGCUGAAUUAUAUAAUUCCCUCUCAAAA